UGCAUAUCCUUAAUAAAUUAAAUGAUUUUUUAUUUCAGUCACAACUAGCUGAGCAAAUACAACGAUUGGAAAAAGACAUGCGGAAGAAACACGAUGAUAUGAUUAGGGAACUCAGCAAAUACAUCUCACCAGAGUUACGGCAUGAGUGGGAUCUAUUUCGUAAUGGACUGACAUCGUAUCUUACAAGGCGUGAGAUAUACGGGUCAGGUUUAACGUUUGUAGGGGAUCAUUGUGAAAUCCUCUUUCGUCAGGGUAUAAUCAAGUUAGGAGAUUACAGUGUCCUCUUAGAAGUUGUCAACUCUAUAGACGAACGUGCCGGUGAUAUAGUCAAGAGAGCAACAACAGCCAUCAAAGAUAUCAAAACGAGGUUAUCCAAUCUAAAGCCCAAAGAGGGUCAGCUGGAAGUAGGCGGUGGUGAGAGGUCAACAAUAUACCAGGUAGGUAUUGUAUUUGUAAAUUAUCCUGAUAAUCUUACAAUGUCGCAACACUAA